AUGGGUUGCUUCAAUAGUUGUUGCAAACCUCAUUCUAAUGCUUUGUUAUUUCUUGGUCUAUGCGAUUCAGGCAAGACUACAAUUGCAUCAUAUAUAGAACAUAGCGCAUUUCGCGUUUCACAUCCAACAUUAGGCGUGCAAAUUACGAAUGCCGUGUACCAAGACCAACGCGUAGAGAUUUGGGAUGUAUCAGGCAGAGAUGUAGCAUAUUGGUCAAGAUAUUAUUCUAUAGCUUCGGGCAUAAUUUUUGUUAUUGAUGGUUUAAAUCUCAAUGAUUUAGAUUUGAUUCUCCAGUAUAUGACUCAAUCCUUAGCAAGGCCAGAUGUUCGACACUUACCAAUUCUUAUUUAUUGCAACAAAAUUUGGGACUCUGAUCCUAAUAACGUAAAACAUAUAAUAGAAGCGAAAUUAGAAUUAAAUAAUCGCGGCCUAAACUAUCAGAUUCAACCUUGCGAUCCAAAAAUCGGAAAAGGAGUUUUAGAAGGUUUUUAUUGGCUCAUGGGACAAAUUCCACACCCAUGA